AGGGAGCCACAGUUAGCUAACACUCCUCCUGCAUGACAUGCCUAGGGAAGACAAUGAUGAUAGGCUUAUUCAGCAGGAAACCACCCAUUAAAGUCAAACAUGAUGAAGUUGAGAUACGCCUGUUUGACCCAAAGAAGGACAACUGGAAAGAAGUGAGAAAUAUGGCCUUUACUCCAUCUAUGGUGUUAAUUCCAAGAGUAAUAGAGCACUUUAUGGUUAAUCCUUUACUUAGCAGUGUUGUAGUGAUAAUAGCUUGGAUAUUAUAUCAAAUGAAUGGCUCAAUCUGGAACCCAUUCAUAUUCAUGGUGGGCAUCUAUCCUACUUUGUAUUUCUUCUUACUGUGGAAGAUUCCCC